AUGGCUUGGAACCAUACCAACCUCGCUCUUGACGUCCUGAAGUCUGGCAUCAUCUUUGCUACCAGCCUUUGGGUCUUAUUUUGGCUUGCACAAUGCAUUAGAAACAUCUAUUUUCACCCACUCUCCAAGUUUCCAGGACCAAGAUUAGCCGCGGCCACCAGUUGGUGGUCGACAUAUCAGCAGACUAUUGUCAACAGAUCGAUGCAUCAUAUUUGCAUAGAUCUCCACGCUAAAUAUGGAGAUAUCGUCAGAAUUGGACCCAACCGGCUUCACUUCAAUCAUCCUGACGCAUACUCUGGGAUCUACCGCACCAAGUUUGACAAAGAUCCGUUCAUGUACGCUCUUCUAGGUGGCGACGGCGCCACUGUCACUUUUGUCAAACAUCAAGACAACAAAAAUCGCAAGGACAUUCUCCAUCCAUUUUUCGCCAAGAGCUCUGUAUAUAACCGAGAGCAACUGAUACAAGAAAAUAUCGAUAAGUUCUGCUCAAACUUGGUCAAGCAUCACGAGAAGGGCGUCUCUGUCAACAUGAGUCUCGCUUUUCGGUGUAUCGGCCUAGAGACAAUCACGUCCAUCUGCUUCGGCAAAUCGGCAGCUUGCUUCGAGCAUGAAGAUUUUCAUAGCCCCAUUCUGGAGUCAAUGGAAAGUAUUGUCGCCUGGUUCAUGGUGUUCAAGCACUUCUGGCUGGUACGGCAGCUCAUCCUGUGGGUACCGGAAUGGGUUGGCCUUACCUUCUUCAAAAGCGGUGUGGCAUUCGCGCAGAUGAAAAACAUGUUUGCAGAACAAAUCGACAACAUCAGGGCUAAUAUAGGCAAGCCCAGCCCGGAUGAGAAACCGAUCAUCUACGGUGCCCUCACAGAUCCAGAAAACUAUAGCCCGACCAGACCUCCACCAUCUCGUGCCUCAUUGAUGGAAGAGGCAAUUGCACUUGUCAUCGCCGGAACCGACACAACUGGAGCAACCAUGACGCUUGGCACGUAUCAUCUGUGCAAGCACCCGGAGAAGUAUGCGAGAUUGAAGGCAGAGCUGAAGGAAGUAUGGCCUGAUCUGAAAGGCCCUACCCCAACGGCGCAGCAGCUGGAGAAAUUACCCUACUUGACAUCGGUCAUCAAGGAAGCACUGCGGAUGGCGCCGACAACUACCUCUGAAAACUCUAGGCUCGUGCCUCCUCACGGAGCAAGGAUUGGCGGAGCAGAAGUCCCCGGAAAUACGAUUGUUAGCAUGGGAGUCUUGUUCCCCAUGCAACAUCCGUGGGCAUUCGAGACCCCCGAUCAGUACAUCCCUGAGCGAUGGCUUGUAGCAGACGAGGCUGCUAAACAGAGGCUGGACCGCUAUUUUGUUCCGUUCUCCAAGGGACCACGCAGUUGUCUUGGUAUCAACUUGGCGUGGUGCGAAUUGUACCUAGCUUAUGCAAACCUUUUCCGUCGUUUCGAGCUGAGCCUAGACGGAACCAAGGACGAUGAUUUCGAUUGGAUCGAUGUUGGUCUUGCAUUGUUUAAGGGUCACUUGAGAUGCUAUGUAACUCCAGUCACAGAGUAG